AUGAAACCUUUCAUUGUGCUAGCACUCUGCUGUAGUUUUUUCUCUAGCAGAGCCAACCCUCUCCCAUUUGAGUUUCUGGACUGUGAUGACCCUGAUGUCUUUAAAGCUGUCGACGCAGCACUGAAGAAAUACAAUGGAGAGGGAGCAACUGGUAAUCAAUUUGCUCUAUACACGGUGAUGGAAGCCAAGCGAACUGCAGGUCCUGACGCACAAUUCUAUGUGAAAUAUCGAAUACAAGAAACCACUUGUGCCAGUGAUGGGAGCAAACUCUGGCAAGACUGUGAUUACAAAGCAGUUGCAGAGGCUAAAAGAGGAGAAUGCACAGCUCGAGUUCACAUGAAUGAUGCUGAAAAAACAAGUAAUGUUUCACAAGAUUGCAAAAUUUUUCCAGCUACGCCAAAGAUAACACUUACUGAGGCUAUGUGUCUUGGAUGCUUUCAUCCUAUGUCAAGUGACAGCUCAGAACUGUCAGACAUUUUGAAACAAGCCAUUCAAAAGUUUAACAGGCACAGUGCUGAACCCAUGCUUUUUAAGCUUGUGGAAAUAAAAGAAGCUAAAAGACAGGUGGUGGCUGGAUGGAAUUACAUCAUUAAAUAUGAAAUCAAGGAGACUAAUUGCUCCAAAGACCAAUUUGAAGAUUUAACUCCAGAGUGUAAAACCACUUCUAAAGGU